AUGAGUAUCCAAGUCGAAUUCACUGAAGAAUUUGACUUUAUUGUUGUGGGGGGAGGCACAGCCGGGUGCGCCGUUGCCGGCCGACUUGCUGAGUCUACCAAGGUCCGUGUUCUGGUCAUCGAGGCCGGCAUUGGCAACCCUGGAGAUGUCGAUGCUAUCACCACGCCGGCCCGUGCCUUCGAGCUACGCGACAGCAAGUACGACUGGGCCUAUAAGACCAUUAUGAUCGACCGCCCCGAAUACACGCGCGUCGAGAAGCCCAACACUCGCGGCAAGACUCUAGGCGGUUCCAGCUGUCUCAACUACUACACAUGGAUUCCGGGGUCGGCCGCCACGUUCGACGAUUGGGCUCCGUACGGUGGAGACGACUGGAACUGGGAGAAUUGUCGGGAAUACUUGUACAAACCCGCGACAUACCACGACGAUAAGAACCUCUUUAGCAAGGAGCUAGGGUAUAUCGGCGCCGGCGGUCCCAUCCCCAUCUCCCAUUCCGAUCUUGUACCCGAGCUCCAGGGUUUCCGGGACGCCCUGACCAAGGCCUGGCUAAGCAAAGGCGAGGAGCUCACGGAUGACGUCCAUAACGGCACGAUGAGCGGCCUCUGGAAAUGCACCAACAGCAUCUACAACGGCAAGCGCUCCUCGAGUUGGCUGUACCUCGAAGGUAAGCCUAAUGUCACCGUCCUAUCACAGACACACUCCAAGCGCCUGCUCAUCGACGCCGACACGAAGAAAUGCGUCGGCGUUGAGGUCAUCGUCCCCUCGGGCGAAACCCGGAGUUUCAGGGCCAAGUACGAGACCAUCGUCUCGUCGGGCGUCUUCGAGAGCCCAAAGCUGCUCAUGCUCAGCGGGAUCGGGCCGGCGGCGGAGCUCGCCAAGUUCGGCAUCACGGUCGUCGUCGACUCGCCGCACGUGGGCGAGAACCUGCUGGACCACCCGAUCCUGCCGCACGUGUUCCGGCUCGCGGACGGCAACGGCCUCGACCGGCACCUACUGCGGGCGGGCCUCGAGCGCGACGCGGCGGUCAGCGCGUACCGGUGGAAGAACGAGGGGCCGUACACGUCGGGCCUGCUCGAGCUCGUCGGGCUGCCGCGCAUCGACGAGCGGCUGAUGCGGUACCCGGCGUACGUGGCGGCGAGGGAAGCCAACGGCGGGCUCGACCCGUUCGGGCCGGGCGGGCAGCCGCACUUCGAGAUCGACUUCGUGCCGAUGUUCGCCGACGCCUUCCAGUGGCACAUCCCGACGCCGGCGGGCGGCGGCGACUACCUGACGGUGAUCGUGGACCUGCUGCGGCCGCGCAGCCGCAGCGGGACGGUGCGGCUCGCGGGCGCGGACCCGCUGGCGCCGCCGGCCGUCAACCUCAACUUCUUCGCCGACGAGCUCGACGUGCUGGCGCUGCGCGAGGGCAUCCGCUGGGUCGACGAGCUGCUGACGACGGGCGACGGCGCGCGCGACAUCGUCCGCGAGGACUACCCGUGGCCGAUGCCGCGCGCCUCCGACGCCGCCAUGGACCGGCUCAUCCUCGAGCGCUCGCAGACCGGCUUCCACCCGUGCGGCAGCGCGCGCAUGGCCCCGGCCAUCGAGCAGGGCGCCGUCGACGGCCGGCUCAGGGUCUUCGGCGUCGCGAACCUGCGCCUCAUCGACGCCUCCGUCAUCCCCGUCAUCCCCGACUGCCGCAUCCAGAACGCCGUCUACAUGGUCGCCGAGAAGGGCGCCGAUAUGAUCAAGGCCGAUUAUCCCGAGCUGUACGCUUAG